AUGGAUCCAAGCUUAUACCAGCAACAACGCCAACAACAGAACCGUGUUCCUUAUCCAUUCACCGGAAACCCUCAAGCAGGAUUAGCUAAUGUGAUGGGUGCUGGUACGUAUCCUCAACAAUACAUGACAAAUAUAACAAACAACCCAGGAUACGUACAAUCAAAUACUGGCAUCAAUCCCAUGAUGUCCAUUUCUGGUCGCCCGGUAUACCCCGUACCAGUUGCCUCUUUGACUUCCAUGACAACUAACGGUAUGCCCGCUGCAAAACGAGUGGCUCUUGCACCAACACCACCAAUGCAAAGCAUAUUUUCAAAUAUUGCACAAACCCCCGGCCAGAAUCAGCUCUACACAGCUGGUGGUGGGUUUUCUAAUCAGCAAAUGAUAAGUUCAGGAAGGCCAACAGUUCCUGCCCAGUCAUUUGUAAAUACUGAUAAUCAAAAUAUGGACGGAAAAUCUUCAACAUCGAUGCACACGAAUGCGUAUGCAGCAUCGAUACAAAGUAUAGAUAAACAUUAUGGACAAUUUCAACAACAAACACCACCUAAGGCCAACACAAUAGGAAAUUUCAAUAGCUUAUUGAACCAAACGAAGACUACUCAUCCUCAACAACAAAAUCAAGCAAUAUCGAAUCCUUUUAUGCAAGAUGAUGGUCAAACGAAUUGGUUGGAAUUUGAUGAAGAAGAUUUCGUUUAUGAUUUUAGUUGUCCAACGGAGUUUUCUAACUCUUCUAGUGGCAUUUGCGGAAACAUAUGGAAUUCCAAUUCGCCGCAAAGCAAUUUGAAUUAUUCGUCACAAAAUUCGUCAAAAUCAUAUCCGUCAAUUAACCAAAGUGGCCUUCAGCGAUCCCCACAACAGCAACAGCACGAUAAUCAAGUACAGCAGCAACAGGUGACCGAACGGCCUCAACAACGACAGCAAACUCCACAAACGCUACAGAUAUCAUCACAAGCACAUCAACAUCAGCAACAGCCAUCUCAUCGGGAAGACACUGGAUACAGUUUUUCUACUCACCCAUCUCUUUCGGUUCAACCUAGUAGCAUUUCUCAGAAUUUGUCACCCAAAAGUGUUCAGCAUAGUACGAUGAGAAUGCUUCCACGCUCCCCUAACCCUGCUAUACCCGAUUCCAAUACACAGUCGUCAAUAUACGGUAAUCAGAGUCAACCUGUUAACCCUACGAAUUUAAGCCAAACGCAGGCUACAACGCAGAUCGGACAAUAUUCUAAAAUAAAUCCUAAAGAUCAUUUAAUUUCGAAUACUACCAUUACGGGUUUUCCUCAGUCGUCGACACAGUCUACAAUAUCAACAGAAUUGUCGUCAACAACUAGCAUUCAUAAUACUGUACUUGAUCCUUAUAAACAGUCAUCACAAACAACAAAUGAUACUACAUCAUUAACAUCAAUGAAACCUAAUCCUUUAAUUGGUCAUUUGGAAUCUAUGCAACGAAUAACAUCACAAGAAAAUGCAAAUGAUUCUUCAAUAUUGCCCACAAUAGAAAAUCAGAAUUCAUACACAUCAAAUAUACAAAUGACUGUUGGAUCAAGAAAUAGCUCAUCAAAUAGUCCCAAAAAUAUUAGUAAUCAUUCAGAGUCUACAAACUUUUCUAAACACCAUCAAAACUCUCAAACAUCCAACAACGAACUACUCACUCAAUCGGUAAAUAAUAAUAAACAGCAUACAUCAAGUCCCAAUGUGACUGAUGAUAUGUCACAAAAUUUGCGGUUACCAGUUAGUAGUGGAAUAGCUGGACGUAGAGCUGUUACCUCCCGUCAAGUAUCACGACAAUCCGAAAAAGCUCCUGCAGUCACUCACCCUACACCUACAACGUCAACGCAAUCUUCUAGUUCAGCUUUACCAACACAACCUUCAAAACAAGGACCUGUUAAACCUCAGAAGGUAAAUUAUGCACCAAAAACUCGACGCGUCGACAGCUACGGUGGUCUAGAUCUUAGAGUUUUUGAGAAGUUUUCAUUACCUUUAAACAUACCCGGAAUUCAAGAUCUAGGCGCAGUAGACGUACAUGCACUUACGAUGUCUCUGAAGUGCGGAAUGAAACUUGAAGUUACAAGUGCUCUAAACACGUUAACAACACUCUCGUGUUACAAGAAUUUAAUAAUAGAUCUGAAACAGUGUGGGGAUUUGAUGGAUAUUUUGCUUGAUAUGAUUUUAGAAUAUAUAGAUUCUGUAUCUCCAUCAUGUAAUGAGGAAACCACGGAAGAAAGCUCUAUAUCAUCACGAAAAUUUAUAAAAUACCAGAAAUUAUACCAAUUAUCCAGACAAGAAUGUGAUGAAUUUGUGAACGUUGCAACGGACAAUUCAAAUAUAGUAAACGAAUGGUUAUCAUUACACGAGCAAUGCUGGUGUAUAACUAAUUUGAUAAGAAAUUUUUCAUUCAUGUUCGAGAAUCAAGAAUGCCUAGCAACACACCCUAAAUUAUUAACCGUGCUAAUGCGUGUCCUGUACAUAGGUGAAGAUGAUGAUUUCCUUCUUGGUGUCAAUGAAAAAGUAAAAGCAGACAGAGAUACUAAAGAUAAUCGAAUCAGAAUAACCCGUAAGAAAGCUUAUGAUAUUCUAGAGUUACGAAAAAGCGUUAUAAUCAUAUUAUCAAAUAUUGCGGCAUACCUUACUUUACCAUCAAUUUAUGUUGCAAGAGAUCUUUUGGUCGUAAUUGCAGAUUUUUUAGACAACACAGAUGAUUAUUAUGCUCAAGUUGCGCUGGAAGUAUUUGCAAAGAUUUCCGUUUCAUAUGAGAAUCGACAACGGAUCGGUGGUUGUGAUGAAUCUACAUUAACUACGGUUUUAGAACGAUUGGUACGAAUGUUGCCACAGGGUGGUGUGAUCACGCGUCCGUCAAUGCAAGAGCUGCCAUAUCUGGCAAUGUUGGUGAUGUCAUUUUUUAAUUUUGCGUGUUUGAGCGGGGAAGUAAUGAGGAAAAAAAUGAUCUCCACUCCAGGAUUUAUAAAUAGGAUGCUUAAAAUGUCGAUAACAUUAGCAAGUGUGCGGGAUAAUCGUAUCGGAAAUAAUGAUGAUUGUAUUAUGCUAGCAAGGAGAACUAUGGAAAUGCUUAAAAUAUUGGCAAAAGGGAAUGAAGAAUGCUUUCUUGUAUAUACUGAACAAUUAUUGUUCGCAUUAUUAACUCCAUAUAUAGAUCCUAUUGUGGUGAAGGAUCUGGAAACUGUUAUUUAUCCCGGUGAUAUAUGA